UUAGAGGUCAAAGGUCAAAGCUGGCAUGCUGCUGGUCGCUCUAAUAUUGACCUGGAUACCCCGAGUUACGCGGAGUGCCUCCUGUGGUACCUCGUCAAUACCGUUUUGGUUCGAAAUAUUGCCCAGUGGGCAGCCUCGACUGGGAUGUGCUAUACCGAGUUGUUACAGCAAU